UUGCUAGCUAACGAUGCACCCACUGGCAAGCGCAAGCGUGAGGAAACGUGCGUUGACCUCACCGUGGUCAUUGAAAACGAUGCGGUGGCCCAUGGCACUGAGUUCGACCCUGAUGACCUCCCCGUUGGUGAGGGAAACAACACACGGCGGCCGAUCGAAGAGGAGCUCCUCGAGCACUUCGGCUACCUUUCCUGUGAAGACAAGUCGUGCAGUCGCAAGAUGGAUGAGCUGCGUUGCGCGUCUCGACCAUAUGCGCAGGCCACAGCUCGGGCUGCUGAGCGAGUGAAGGCCGCGGCUACGGCGACCGCCGAUGAGGAUGUCGAGUCGCGGCGGUAG